CUGUUUAGAAGACUUUUUAGUUGUAACACUAGUCGCUGCAACUACUAACAUACACUCUAGAAACGAGGAUGAGGAUGAUGAAUUCAUGAUCAUAGCUUGAGACGACCCAUAUCAUCAAUCUUCUAUUACAGUGAGGGAUUGGUGUUUUGGAAUCCGAAUAUGGCUCUGGUGAUCCACUGGUACGACUUCGCCUGCUUCGCCAUUGUAGCAGGAGCCGUAGUCUUCGCUCUAUGGAUGCUCAAAAGGAAAGAAGGUUGUGGGAAAUGCGAUUAUGAUCAGACCAUGUAUGAGAGCCUCUUGAUUGCUCAGUCGGACCGAGAUGGGUUUGAAGCUGGGGAAGGUUUAGUUAGGCGCUCAGGUCACCUUGUUUCUACUCAGCUCUGGACUACUUGCUGGCGAGGAGUUCACCCAGUAUGGCUCCUCGCUACAAGAAUGCUCUCUGCUGCCGUCAUGAUCACCCUUCUGUCCUGGGACGUCCGUUCAUACGAUUCCACCAUCUUCCUUUAUUAUACCGAGUGGACUUUUACAUUGGUCAUUGUCUAUUUUGUGGUUGGCACCAUUGUAUCUGCCCAUGGAUGCUGGACGAGUUUUCAGAAAACUGAAUAUGAGGAAGGUGAUAAUGUACAGAAAAGAGAUUUAGAAGAGUGUAAUGGAUCAUCAACCACAAUAUCUUUCAGAACAAACAAAAUCAGGGGCACAAUAAAGUUACAGAGCCAUUGGGAGCAGGAGGAGACAGCGCAAAGGGCUGGAUUUUGGGGAUACCUAAUGCAAACUAUUUAUCAGACUUGUGCAGGUGCUGUAAUGAUCACGGACAUUGUAUUUUGGUUUCUUAUAGUUCCAUUUUUGUCGAUUGAACAUUUUACCCUUAACCUGUUGAUGGGCUGCAUGCAUACUUUCAAUCUUGCGCUUCUUCUCCUUGACACUUCUCUUAACAGCCUUCCAUUCCCUUGGUUCCGGCUAUCGUAUUUCAUACUUUGGAGCUGUCUCUAUGUCACUUUUCAGUGGGUUGUUCAUGCGUGCGGCAUGUCAUGGUGGCCUUAUCCUUUCCUUGAGCUCUCUACUCCAUGGGCACCAGUGUGGUAUUUGUGCUUGGCUGUGGUUCAUAUUCCUUGUUAUGGUAUAUAUGCACUGAUCGAAAAAGCCAAAAAUGCAAUAUUCUCUAAAUGUUUCCCAAAUGCUUACAUAAAAUCUAAUUAGUUCCUUGAUGUUUGCUUUAGUUGUUGAAUUACAGCAUGCUUGCUGGUGAUUAGUUCGAUUGUAUGAUUUGUGUAUAUAGAGGGGAAUGUUCACAGAGUUUCCUCUAUAACUUGGAAAAAGAUUUAUAUCAUACUAUUUUGAAUGGGACUAACUAGAAGCUUUUUAUAUGCUACUGCUUUUCCCUUUGAGAAUCAAUGUAAUAUACAGGUUCUAAAUGGAAGUUUCAUCUGCA